UCCUUGUUCAAAGAUUAUAGGGCCUAGAUGUUCAUUAUUUCAGACAGAUGUUUACAAUUUUCCACUAUUUCUUAAUUAAAGCAGGGAGUUGUUAUUACAACUCCCUGAUUAAAUAUAGCCUACAUUUUAACUGCCAUCCACGUGGUGUUUUUAGCUAGCUAGGUUCGCGAGAAUUCAUUCUGCAAGAUCAUCAACAAAACAGUCGGAGGCUUGUUAUUUCAAAGAUGGCAUUAAACAAACUUAGCAUCGCUAAUGUUAGCUUUGAGCAAAAGCGAGUUAUAAUGCGGGUGGAUUUCAAUGUGCCCAUGAGUGAUGGUAAAAUUACAAACAACAAGAGGAUUGUUGCAGCUCUUCCUAGUAUCGAACACAUCUUGAAGAAUGGUGCCAAGAGUUUAGUGCUGAUGAGCCACUUGGGUCGACCAGAUGGAAGGAGUCAGCCUAAAUUCUCCUUGCGUCCAGUGGCGGAGGAACUUAAGACAUUGUUGAAGAGAGAAGUAGAAUUCUUGGAAGACUGCAUUGGUAGCAAUGUUGAGGAUGUGUGCAUGAAGGCAGACAAUGGUUCUGUUAUUCUGCUGGAGAAUUUACGGUUCCAUCCGGAAGAAGAAGGGAAAGGAGUGGAUGCAGAUGGCAAGAAGGUAAAAGCCAGCCAAGAAAGUAUUGAUAAAUUCAGAGCAUCUCUUUCUAAACUUGGUGACAUCUACGUGAACGAUGCAUUUGGCACGGCACAUCGGGCUCACAGUUCCAUGGUGGGUGUUCAGUUGGAAACGAGAGCGUGUGGAUUCCUGAUGGAAAAAGAACUCAAGUACUUCUCAAAGGCGCUGGAGAAGCCGGAUAGACCAUACCUUGCUAUACUUGGAGGGGCCAAGGUGCAUGACAAGAUAAAAUUGAUCAAUAAUUUACUGGAUAAAGUAAAUGAGAUGAUCAUUGGUGGAGGAAUGUCCUUUACUUUUGCCAAGGUGCUCAACAAUAUGAAGAUUGGGGCAUCUCUAUAUGAUGAGGAAGGCUCAAAGAUCGUUAACCAACUGGUAGAGAAAGCAAAGGAACGUGGAGUCACUCUUCAUUUUCCCACAGACUUCAUGAUGGGGGAUAAAUUUUCAAAUGAUGCUAAAUCAGCAGUUGCAACCCUUGGUGAUGGUAUUCCCGAUGGGUGGAUGGGUCUUGAUUGCGGUCCAGAGAGCAUAGCCAAAUUCAAAGCUGUAGUGGAUAAUGCAAAGACUAUUGUAUGGAAUGGACCUGUGGGUGUUUUUGAGAUGGAAAAGUUUGCUAAGGGCACUAAAGGCGUGAUGGAUUCAGUAGUUGCAGCAACAAAGCGUGGCACUACAACUAUAAUUGGUAAAGUCCUUCCAGGAGUAGCAGCAUUAUCCGAGGCGUAA